CUGCGCAUGUUUUUCUAUUUGAUCGCUUGUUAUUGUUUAGACUUGACCCAGCAAAAAUGGCUGAUAACACCGAAGGUGAACAGCAAUGCAUAUUUACAGCUAAAAGAUGGCAUGAUAGGCAUUAUCAAGGACGUAUUUCCACUAAACUACGAUGAUGACAGGGUUGUCAGUUUUACGGCGAAGAACCCGAAAGAGUAUGCACAGAAACUGGCAAAACAGAGGAAAACGCCAACCGAUGAGCCCUUAAGCGAGGAUGUAUCGUUUAUGAUCAAUUUUAAUGAAGGAAAGAUGUGCAAGUUGGACAAUUUUAGGAGUCUCAUUCCCUGUGAGGGAUCACCUAGAGAGAGAAGUACGUGGAGAGUUAACGAAACGAGCAACGGAUUUAAAAUCAUCAACGGUGAUAUGUGUCUGAAGGUGACUACGGUUGGUGACAACUUAUACACGAACACGUUGGAAGUAGAAUUAGAUGAAUGCAUGGAUGAUUUGACCUUCUACUGGGAUAUUGAGAUUAUGCCAAGGAACUUUUCAUUACCUGAAGAUCUUGACGAGAAGUACGAAAUAUUUGUACCUAAGCAUACGGGAAUAAACGGUGAAGAGAUUAAUGGUCAUAACAUUUUCCACUAUGGAAAAUAUAAUAGACAUGUAAAGUAUGAUUAAAAGCAUGUUUUG